AUGUCGACCCUUGUCAUUGUUCACACAUCUGAAUUAAGACAAAUAUUUACAACGAUAAAAUAUAAUUAUCCCCAACCCUCCACAACCGAACCCACCCCUCAACCCUACUCCUAUACACCGCACCGCACCGCACCGCACCACACAACACCGCACUCCAACCAACCGCACCACACCGAACCGCACCACAACACACCUCACAACACCCCACCCCACCCAGGCCACCGCACCACACCAUACCGCAACACACAACGCCCCAUUCCUGACCACCCCACCCCACCACCAACCCAACCCAACCCAACCCAACCCACACAACCCCUGCACAAUUGCACCACACCACACCACACCACACUGCAGUGCACUGCACCACACCACACCACACCACAACACACCACACCACACCUCACCACAUCACACCACACCACACUGCAGUGCACUGCACAACACCACACCACACCACAUCACACCACACCAGACCACAGCACAUUACACCACAACACAUCACAUCACACCACACCACACCACACCACACCACACCACACCACACCACAACACAACACACAACACCACACCACACCACACCACACCACACCACACCACACCACACCACACCACACCACACCACACCAGACCACACCACACCACACCUCACCUCACCACACCCCACCACACCACAUCACACCACACCACACCACAUCACAUCACACCACACCAGACCACAACACACCACACCACACCUCACCACAUCACACCACACCACACUGCAGUGCACUGCACCACACCACACCACACCACACCACACCACACCUCACCACAUCACACCACACCACACCACACCACACCACACCAGAUCAGACCACACCACACCACACUUGA